GGAAGGGGAGGGGGCGGUGGCCGGAUCCACGAGCGGCCGCCGGAGACGCGCAGCCGUUCGCCUCGGGAUGCAUUCGGACAACCGGCUGCUGCGCAGGAGAGGCGGGAAAUGGUGAGCGGCCGCGAGCGCCUCCUCCUCCUCGUCCCCCCGGGGACUCGGCCCGCGGCGCUCCCCCUGCUGUUGCUCCUGCUUCUCAGACGGGACGCGGUUGCUCAGAAAGGUGAUGGAUGUGGAUAUACUGUCUUAGGUCCUGAAAGUGGAACAUUUACAUCAAUUAAUUAUCCACAUGCCUAUCCCAAUAGCACAGUGUGUGAAUGGGAAAUUCGAGUAAAGCCUGACCAAAGAGUUCAGCUCAAAUUUGGGGAUUUUGAUAUUGAUGAUUCAGAUUCUUGUCAUUUUAAUUAUGUGAGGAUUUAUAAUGGAAUUGGACCUACAAGAACAGAAAUAGGAAAAUACUGUGGUUUGGGCCUUCAGGUGGACAAAUUAAAUGAAUCAAAGAGUAAUGAAAUUACAGUACAGUUCAUGAGUGACGUUCAUUUUUAUGGACAUGGGUUCCUUGCUUCAUAUUCAACAACUGAUAAACCAGAUUUGAUAACAUGUUUAGAUACUGCAAGUCACUUUUCUGAGCCAGAAUUCAGCAAAUAUUGUCCAGCUGGGUGCGUGCUUCCUUUUGCUGAAAUUUAUGGGACUAUACCUCAUGGCUAUAGAGAUUCAUCUUCCCUUUGCAUGGCUGGUGUACACGCAGGAGUGGUAUCCAACAUCCUUGGAGGCCAAAUUAAUGUUGUAAUCAGCAAAGGUAUUCCAUAUUAUGAAAGCUCUCUGGCUAACAACGUGACAUCAAAAGUAGGUCCUCUGUCUUCAGGGCUCUUCACUUUUAAAACCAGUGGUUGUUAUGGGACACUUGGAAUGGAAUCUGGAGUAAUUGCUGAUUCACAAAUUAAUGCAUCCUCAUUUUUAGAAUGGCCUGAGCAGCUGGGUCAACCAAGCACUUGGAAGCCAGAAAGAGCCAGGUUGAAAAGGCCUGGACACUCUUGGGCAGCUUUUACUAAUGAUGAGUAUCAGUGGUUGCAAAUAGAUCUAAACAAAGAACAACGAAUAACAGGUAUCAUUACAACUGGCAGCACCUUAGCAGAGUACCAUUAUUAUGUCUCUGCUUAUAGGAUUCUAUAUAGCAACGAAGGACAGAAGUGGACAGUAUACAGAGAACCUGGUGUUGAGAGAGAUAAGGUAUUUCAAGGCAACACAGGCUAUUAUCAGGAAGUUCGCAAUAAUUUCAUUCCACCGAUUAUUGCUCGCUUUGUUAGAAUAAACCCUUUGAAAUGGCAUCAAAAACUUGCAAUGAAAGUAGAAUUGCUGGGAUGUCAAUUUAAUAUUGUUCGGGCUCCAAGACCAUCAUUACCUCCACCACCCAGGAGCAACAAUGACUUUUCUUUGCAGAUUGAUAAAACAACCUUCACCCCUGAGGUCAAGAACACUAUGUUAACUCCAAGUGUAACCAAAGUUCGGUCUCCAAGAGCAACAUUGCCUCCACCGCCCAGGAGCAACAAAGAUUUUCCAUUGCAGACCAGUAAAACAACUUUUGCUCCUAAGAUCAAGAAUACUACAGUAACACCGAGUGUUACAAAAGAUGUAGCAUUGAUAGCUGUUCUAGUACCCGUGUUGGUCAUGGUUUUUACCACCCUCAUCUUGAUCUCAGUUUGCUCCUGGCACUGGAGAAACAGAAAAAGAAAGUCAGAAGGAACAUAUGAUAUACCUUAUUGGGAUCGUGCAGGUUGGUGGAAAGGAAUGAAGCAAUUCUUUCCUGCUAAAUCUGUAGACCACGAAGAAUCAUCUGUUCAUUAUAACAGCAGUGAAAUUAAUUGCCUUAGAUCAAGAGAUGCUACUACUGUGUUACAAAGUCAAUCAGCAGAGUAUGCACAACCACUUGUAGGAGGAAUUGUUGGCACACUUAAUCAAAAGUCAGCUUUUAAACGUGAAGAAGUAAAGGAAGCAAGUUAUGCAGAUAAGGAUUCUUGUAACACCUCAGAACAAGAAAUAUAUCAUGCCUACGCUGAACCUCUCCCAGUUACCGGACCAGAAUAUGCGAUACCAAUAGUGAUGGGUAUGUCAGGGCAUCCUGCACCUUCUCCAGGCAUUGCUUCUGUAUCUACCUUCAAAGCUUCAGGGAAUCAAGCUCCUCCAUUAGUGGGAACUUAUAAUAAACUUCUUUCUAGGGCAGAUAGUUCAUUAUCAGCCACACACGUGCUCUACGAUACACCUAAGGGGAUGCCAGGACUGAGCCUUCCAAAUGAAUUGGUAUACCAGAUACCGCAGAAUAUGCCACACUCCACAGACAAUAAAGAAGAUAUAAGUUAAGAGUUUUC